AAACAAACAAAGGAAUCCACAUCGUUAAUGGAGGAAGAGAAGAAGUGAACGAAGGUGCCACUGUAGAAGAAAGAGGAGCCAUCAUCAUAAAGAUCUCUCUUACGAAACUACCAGGAAAAUCUCACAUACUCCAUUUCCAUUUCUUUCUACUUUUACCUUCCUUUUUCUUCUCCUCCUCUUCCACUUGUCAUUUCCAUUCCUUUCAUGAUAUCUCUCAUUCCACUCCUUCUCCUCUGCUCUGAAUCAACAAUUCAUCAUCUCUACAGACAAAAUGCAGACCAAAUUCAUCGACAUUUCAACUACAACAACCAGUAGUACCAGCCUCUCCAGAGAAAAACGGCCUCUGGAUCCAUCUUCAACCGAUGAACGCGAAUCCAAACGUCCUGCUCUCGCCAACGUUAUUGUUGAAGCUCUUAAAGUCGAUAGUCUACAGAAGCUUUGUGCAUCACUCGAACCUAUUCUUCGUAGAGUUGUUAGUGAAGAGGUUGAACGAGCUUUAGCUAAAUUAGGCGCAUCUAAAUUUGGUGAAAGGGCUUCUCCAAAACGUAUACAAGCUCAUGAUGGGAGAAACUUACAGCUGCAAAUUAGGUCUAGAUUAUCUCUACCUUUGUUUACAGGUGGAAAAGUUGAAGGUGAACAUGGAACGGCUAUUCAUGUUGUUUUACUCGACGGUAAUAAUCAACAAAUUGUGACGUCUGGCUCUGAAUCUUGCGUUAAACUUGACGUUGUUGUUCUUGAGGGUGAUUUUAAUAAUGAGGAUGAUGAAGGAUGGGGACAGGAAGAGUUUGAUUCACAUAUUGUUAAGGAACGGGAAGGGAAAAGGCCUCUUUUGUCUGGUGAUUUGCAAGUUAUAUUGAAAGAUGGGAUUGGAAGUUUAGGUGAGCUUGCGUUUACGGAUAAUUCUAGUUGGAUUAGAAGUAGGAAGUUCAGAUUAGGUCUUAAAGUUGCCUCGGGAUUCUGCGAAGGAAUUCGUAUUCGUGAAGCGAAAACAGACGCGUUUACUGUUAAGGAUCAUAGAGGCGAAUUAUACAAGAAGCAUUAUCCACCUGCAUUACAUGAUGAAGUUUGGAGACUUGAGAAGAUUGGGAAAGAUGGAUCAUUUCACAAGAGACUUAAUAAAUCAGGAAUUCAAACUGUUGAAGAUUUCCUUCGUUUUGUCGUUAGAGAUGCUCAGAGACUCAGAAAUAUAUUGGGAAGUGGCAUGUCGAACAAGAUGUGGGAUGUUCUUGUAGAACAUGCAAAGACUUGUGUCUUAACUGGGAAGCUCUACAUUUACUAUUCCGACGAUGCCCAGAAUAUAGGUGUCGUUUUCAAUAAUAUCCAUGAGUUUAUCGGCUUAAUUGCUGGAGAAGAAGGAUAUCAUUCCGCUGAUACCCUUUCGGAAAGUCAAAAGGUUUAUGUAGAUGCAUUGGUGAAGAAGGCUUAUGAAAAUUGGAUGCAUGUUAUAGAAUAUGAUGGCAAAUCUGUUUUAAAGGACAACAACAACAAUAAUAAUUUAGCUUCUCAAGAGUAUUCAAAUUCAUACGACUCUCAAACCGCCUUCCCAACGAGCCUUCCUUCGCAACAAUCCUCGACAAACACGGGCCUGCCUCCUAUAGUCGGUGGAUGCCAUAAUGGUUUGGAUUCGCGAUACAAUCCAACACAAAGUUCAAUUCCAUACAUACUACCCCAUGAAUCCCAAAUACCAAGACCGGAAGACCUUUCAACACAAUCAUUAACGUCGGGAUUCCACACAGGCGCUGGAGGAGCAUUAUCGGAGUUUGGUUCGUUCAGGAACAUUGGUGCAGGGGAAUUAUUCUCAGAGGAGGAGAUUCGAAUGAGGAGUCACGAGAUGCUUGAAAACGACGAUAUGCAGCAGUUACUAGGGUUUUUGAACAUGGAAGGUGGUCAUAGUAGAAGCUCUACUACUAGUAGUACAUUGGAUUCGAUAAGCUACCCUUCUACAUCAGCUUCGAUAUAUGCUGCACCUAACAAUGCGGGUUAUAACAACUACGGGUUGGUGGGCGGUGGUGUUGGUGUUGGUGGUGCCGACGAAGGUGGUCCUCCGGGGAAGGCGGUUGUUGGGUGGUUGAAGUUGAAGGCAGCCAUGAGAUGGGGGAUUUUUAUUAGGAAGAAAGCUGCUGAAAGAAGGGCUCAAUUGGUGGAAUUGGAUGAUAAUUAUUAAGGCCUUUGUUUAUUUAACCUUUGAUCUUAAGGGAAACUAAUUAAUAAUUUUUAUAUUGUAAGAUUUUUAAUUUUAAAUAUUUAAGUUACAAAAGUAGUAAAAUCGGUUAGAUAAAACCCAAUCACCAUGUGGGGAAUGAUCAAA